CUUCUCGCCAUGACUCGCGACUCGCGAGGCCUGUUGCUUCCCGUGCCGUCGCAUUGUUGUGCUUCUCAGUUGCAUGCGGAUGUCGAUCCUAGGCAGCACUACACAACUCCAUGGUCUAUAAGCUCACAGCGCAUUCUACGAGCCUCUAUCUUUGCGGCUCUUCUUCGUCAUCGUCACCGCUGCCCUCAACGCUCGCGGCCCCCAAGUUUGCUAUUAUCUCGCCCAUGGCAUGGAUAUCGGCUUUCUUGGCUGUCGCACGAGAGAUCCGCUACUUCUUCGCUGCCUUCUGCAAGUACUAGUAAGGCGACUGUCGAAGGAUCUUAUUCGACGCGCGAGACGAAAAACGACGCGGUCGUUGGGAUCCUAGUCAUAUAUCCUGGUCAUAUAAUGAUAGGAUCUGCACUCGCUUUGUCCUCCCAUUGCAGCUCCUCUCUCCUGCGCGCUGACUUCCUGACAUCGCGAGCACGAACUUCCCCCCAAAAAAGAAGAUCCCGACGCUGCGCUCAGACUCUCGGAUGGACCCUAGGACGGCGCGGACACAGCAUGAUCUACCUGUGCAGCGCCGCGGACCGUCUAAAUCGUUUCUCAAGAAGCGUGAGUGGGAGACGGGACCGAAGGAGCAACGCAGUCCACGUAUAUUCCCUAAAAGUCAAUAGUGACUGUUGCUGACAUUGUCUAUCGUCCUUCAUAUCAAUAUACAUCUCAUGCCUCUUGGGAAUCUUAUAGAGUUCCCUACAGCUCAAUGGG